GCUCGAAGUUGAGAAAACGUAAAAUUUUAGUUGAAAUUCGAGCUUCGCUUUAACUAGAUAGGUUUGAUCAGUAAGAAGCUAUACAGGCAUUUUUCAAAAUAUGACUGCAAUCGAUCCAAAAAAAGGUCCCUGGUUUGGAGCAAGGCAUUUGCAGACGUUCUUAUUGUUUUGCACUAUUGCAAUAAGUUAUUGUGAGAGGCUUAAUGUAUCGGUAUCUCUAGUUGCCAUGACAAAUGCUGCAAGUACAAAUCUUGAGUUUCAUGAAUUCGAUUGGGAUGAGAAGCAAAGGUCCUACAUCAUAAGUGCAUUUUACUGGGGAUAUGUAUUGACUCAAUUGCCUGCAGGUUAUAUAGGGUCAAGGGUGGGGGUUAAAAUGAUAAUGCUAUUGUCAGUUCUUUGUUGUAGUAUUUGCACUCUCCUCACACCCUUAAGUGUGAAUUGGGGUGGUUGGAAAAUGUAUUGCUUGUUACGAUUCAUACAGGGCCUGUUUCAGGGAUUCCUUUUUCCAUUGGUUCAUGCUCACUUGGCAACAUGGUCGCCAGUUGAAGAACUCACUCGCCUUGGUGGUCUCAGCCACACAGGGCUUGAAUGUGGUUCGAUUUUGGCAAUGGCUCUUUCUGGAUUUAUAGCUGGUUCAGCUUUAGGAUGGCCAGGUGUUUUCUAUGUCUUUGGUGGUAUUGGUUUGGCAUUUUGCGUCAUCUGGAUGAUCUUUGCUGAGAACAGUCCGUCAAGAUCGAAAUCCAUAACUUUGGAGGAAAAAGAAUACAUUCUCUCCUCACAGUCCAAGGCCAAGGAUUCCCAGACAGCGAAAAUUCCUGUUCCAUGGCGAGCAAUAUUCACGUCCAUUCCAUUUUUAUCUCUGAUAUUUGUUGGAAUGUGUCAGAUUUGGGGCUUCGCUACUAUGCAAGCGUAUAUUCCUCCAUACAUGCAUGGGGUUCUCAAAGUGGACAUCAAGAGGAAUGCAAUAUUUUCGACAUUACCCUUUUUGGCAAUGUGGAUUUUUUCAUUUGUCUUCACUCUGGCAGCAGACUUAAUUCUAACCAAGCAUUGGGUGUCAUUGGGUGUUGUUCGAAAAUCUGUUAAUACAAUCGGAAUGUGGGCACCAGCUGUUUUAUUGCUUGCAAUUGGAUUUCUCGAUGAAAGUCAAACAUCUUUAGCCUUAACUUUUAUGAUUAUGAAUGUCGGUUUAAACGCAGGACAUACAGUUGGAGCUUUGCUCAACAUGAUUGAUCUCUCACCGAAUCACGCAGGAGUCCUGAUGGGAAUACUCAACUCCAUUUGUAAUACGGUUCCUAUUAUUUCUCCACUGGUUAUCGGAAGGAUUCUUAGUGAUGAGACAAAUCGAAGCCAGUGGCAAAUUGUCUUCCUAAUUACAGCCAUAAUAUUUUUUGUAGGCAAUUUGCAAUUUAUAUUUCUAGGGUCUACAGACACACAAGCCUGGAAUGACGAAUCUUAUCUACAACAUCGAGAUCCAGAAAAUGAAAAUAAGACAUAUGAUCAAAAGUAUGUUGAAAAAAUAAUCGAGAACAAAACUGUUGAGUAGAUUCAAAAAUACUCUAAAAACAUACAUUUUAAGACAUUUUCUGUAAUGAAUUAACACAAGAAAUGUGUCGGCUUGUAUGUUCAUAAAGUGAGUAAGUGGUCUUGCCGCAGAUUUCGAGCUUAUAAUUUCGAACUUAUUUUCUUAUGUUGAAAGCGAAAUAUAUUUAAGUAAAAUUAUAUUUGAAUACUUGAUUAAAAUAAAUUAGCUUUAUCCAAAAAAUCUGUUAUGUUCAAAUCCAUAAAAAUAAUAAUUAUUUAUUUGUUGCGAAAAAAAUAAAAAACAAAAAUAAAUAUUUUAUC